AAAACUGGUGUGUGUCAUCUAUAAACCUCAGUCUAUAUCUUCACCAGCAACCCUAUGCAACCCAACAAUAGUAGAAAAAACGAAGUGACACGGUUAGAUUUAAUUUAACACACGUGAAAAAUAUGCGAGUUGACGAAUCACCUACUUGCUUGAAAACAAAGGGAUAAGACUAUAUCAAACAAGCGUGUCACAUGGAAAACCAAGUAUUAUACAUUUCCUAAGGUCUGUCUCUGGCAAUUAAUGACAUAAAAUCGAAAGUGACACAGCUAAUUAAGCCAUGAUACGCUCAUUUACGUACAUUCCCAUUACUUACCAUUGAGUCCGCCAUAUUGGAUUUUGAUCAGUGGAAGAAUCCAUUCGACAGUGAGUGCCUGGCCUUCGUGCUUGCACAUCGGAAGGCCUCGGGAAUCAGGAUACGCGCCAUCAGGAAAGUUUUAAAAUACCUAGGCGGUGGUAACUUGGGAAAUAAAUUCUAGUUCACUUAAGCUACUAUCCAGAAGGAAUUUUUCUUGUUAAAUCUGGUACACAUGGAAAGUGAUAGACCUAUAAAGUGCGGCUUUUGCCACCAAGGAACUGAAGUAGAAUCUGUCUGCGGCAAGUUACAUUAUGACAACAAGGAUACAGCUGCCCAUCACAAGUGCAUGCAAUAUUCAGCUGAUCUUGUCCAAUACAAGUUUGACAACUUUGGUGGAUUCAAGAUUGACAAAGUUGAAAAAGAAAUCAAAAGAGGAAAAAGAUUGAAAUGUUCAAUAUGCAAGUCGGACAAGAGCAGGCAUGGAAAAUGGACAGGUGCCUCGUCAGGAUGUGCUAUAUCCAACUGCUCAAAAACAUUUCACUUCUACUGUGCCAAACUGGAUGAUGUGGUUGUCACGAAGCGCAUGGAAGUUAGAUACGUGAAAGAAAACGCUACUGUUGUGAUGUACAGAGUAUUUUGUGGAGAAGCACAUUAUGAACAAUUCAAAACAAACAAAGGUGCUUUGAAACAUCAGCAGAAACAGUUAACUAUGAACUGUUCUGAUGAGGAAGGAGGAAGUGGGGAUGAAGAGCAGGGUUUUGAUGUUCUACCAGACAGUCUGAACACACAAAUGGAUGAGGACAUAUUAAUGAUGAGCCAGUUGUCACCAGGUCCUGAGGAGGAGGAGGAGGAGAACGACAGCGAUAAUGAAGAGGAGGUGCCUGCUGAUAAAAGCAAAAAUAACUCAAGGGUAAAAGAAACAGUAAAAAGUAAUGAACAGCUUCUGACAAAGAAAGAAAAUAAAUUGACUAAUAUCAGGAACUGGGAAAAGUGGACAGGGGCACAAAAAAGAAAUAGCACCCAGUUUAGCAAAGAACAAAAGCAAGAGGAAGAAGAGAGGGAUGACAGUUCAGGUGUGAGAGAUGAUGAGCAAAAUUUUGAUGAAUCAAGUGAAUCAGAGCUGGAAGAUCCAUUUUGCACAAAAUCAGCUAAAGUAAGGAAUCAAAUUGAUGAUUUUGACAAUGGAAAAUCGGAUACAGCAGAGGAUGUGAACAAAUAUAAUGUAAAAGGUGUUGAUAAAUUGGCACGAGAGGGUAAAAUGGCUGUUGGGAGGAAGACUAAAAACAGUGAAAGCAUUGUAAGGAAAGGAAAUCUAGAGACUGCCAAACAACAGAAAACUCCAGCUACAGCGGACAGUAUUAAAAGUCGUGAAACACCCAAACGAAUGGCAUCUUCUGUAGCAAAGAAUAAUGUUAGAGGAAAUAACCAAAAACUGGUUGGGCAACAAAGGAUUAUUACACAAGCAGAGCUGCAUGUGACAUCUUCCCCUUCAUCACUGGAUGAGAUGAACAUGGAAGAUCGUGCAACAAGUAAUGAUCAGGGUCACAGUUCGGAUGAGGAGUCAGUCAUGAUGAAUGACAAUCUCAUCAACACCCCUGUACCAAUGACAAAAAGUAGUCCAAACAACUCCCCUGUACCAAUGGCAAAAAGUAGUCCAAACAACUCCCCUGUACCAAUGGCAAAAAGUAGUUCAAACAGCUCCCUUCCAUUGGACGAGUUCAGCUCUGAAUCAGAAUGGGAAGACAUAAAAUUUCCUGAUUGUGCCUUAGCCAUCACUAGCACAACAAAAGUAUGGCCAAUACAGAAAAAUAUUAUUAUUCAGAAAGCCAAAGAACUUUUUGAAGUGCAGAAUGUAGCCUUAUGGACUCAAUCAGACAGCUUUUCAGACCAGCUGAAUGAUGAUCAUCUUCCUCAUUUUAUUAAAAUUAUUGCAAACAUGUUGAGAGAGAAAAGAUUCAAGAACCUUGGCAAUUUGUUGACAGAAUGCAGCUUUCAACAUACCCAUAUGGAAUCUAUUAAACAUUUGCUGGAACUUCCCAAUAAAAUUGUUGACAAGAUCAGAGACUCUCUACUUACUGAAGUAGAGACACAGAUUUUGAAUGAUGAAACUGUUCUUUUCAUGGACACCAAAUUAAGCACAUUAUUUCUCAAGUUAAACGCCACUGUGGAUAGAGUCUGUAAGAUCAGAAACAAACUUCUCCCAAAUGCAAAGAAUUCAUUAGGUUGCCUUUAUGAGUGGACAAAGAAUACCGUGCCUAUUGUUCCCCUAAAGCAAACAGAUUUUGACAUGGAGUUGAAAAGAAUCAGCAGUUGGCUGAAAAAUGAAGGCUGGAAUGAGUGCGAAUUACAAAUUCAUCCUACCGAUGACAUUGUCCUUGCGCCAAUGGAAAACAGGGUCAUUAAAGAAUUAAUUAAAUGUCACAAAGCAGGAAAUACUAGUAAGAAAAACGACCAGAAGAAACUUAUAUUUGUGAGGGCCAUGGAUGAAAUGGUCAAUUGCAGCAAAUACCUUCAGAAACUGAUACUUUCCAAUGCCAACACCAAAGAAGUCCUCAUCAUUAGCCAUAUGACACCUUCCAUAACUCAGAAGUUUUUCAUACCAACAGAUCAAGUUGAAGGGGCAGAGGUACGAGUGAUGAGUGCCUUUAAGCCCUCCACAAAGCAAGGCAUAUCAACAAUCGUCAUCUGUGUCAGUUGUCAAAAGAGGAAUACAGGUCUGGGUCUCACGGCAGGUAGUGAAGAUGGAAUUACAAUUUGUCCAGAAGAUGAAGGUAUAGAGAAAAACAGGAAACGCAAACGUGUCUCUGUGAGAACCAGUACAGCUCGGUCCAAAUGUAAACGUAUAAAUUAGAAGUGAGUUUUCAGAACAAGUACACUUCAGUGUAGAUGUUUAAUAAGAAGUGUUUCUUGAGAACCAGUCAAUCCAAACAUACAUGAACUGUUUCUGGGAUGGCCAGUUCACAUCAAUCCAAAGGUACACCCAGAGACUAGAAAUUCUGAACAGACAGUCGGCCAGAUUUUGUCUUGUAAGAGUGGUCUUAAUGACCUAUAACAAAUUAAGUAAUUGGCAAAAUCGGAGGGAAAAGGUUCACUGCCAAAUCCAAAUCAUUCCAUUUUUAACCCUUGAAAUCUCAUCUGUCAUAGUUAUUCAGUCAGAAUACAUUUUUCAUUCAGCAAAUAUAUUAAGUAAGGCCAAAUAAAAUUGAAAUAAUGGUUCUCAGACCCGCGCACAUCUGUAUUGAGGUUGCCGAUUUUUCAAUAAAAUAAAUAGUUGGUAAAGCGCUUACUUAUGUAGAGGGGGGGGGGGGGAGCACACAUUCAUUCUGAUUUUCACAUUUUGCAGUCGGAAUUGUCUUGCAUCUUUGUAACUUCCGAAUCAUAGCCACUUGAGUUCAUAAGUAAAGGUUAUAUACAACUUCUUGGCUCAAUUCAUAAGGUUCUGUUUAGCUUAAAGUGACUGAAAAUUGUAAAACCAUCUGCACAAGUAUCAUAACCAUUUAGACUGGUGCUACUAAUUACCCAUAUUGACUUCAUUAUUCCAAAUCGUCAAGCAUCAAUGUUAAUGUUUGGAUACAAUAAGUCUAAGACAUAUCAAGAGCUGUGUAUAGCAUAAUUUGUGUACUGUAUUGAAUUAUUAUCUCUCAAAAUUAAUAUUUGAGCCUCUAAAUCGUUUUGGGUCAUUCAUCCCUUUUGGGUAUGUAGUGCCAUUGCAUGGUCAAAAUGGCUGUCAAAAGUGAAAGUACAGACGGUUUUACGCUUUUCAGUCACUUGAAGUUGGAGCUAUUACGGAACUCAUUUUACAAAUUGGGGCAAGAAAUUCGACUUAAAAUGAUACCUACAAUCUAUGUUAUUUGCUUGUUGCAAUACACAAACAUUCUAUGUAGUGGUACAAUGCCAGAACCCAGCUAAAAUUCAUUUGCAAUACUGCAUUAAUGGACAUUUUUCUGAAUUUGUUUCUGCAUAUCUUGGGGAGUAUACAGAAUUUCAGGAUGAUCUUUGGUAGUAAUGUAGAUUGUUUAUGUGUAAAUAUUCUAGAAUACAGAGAAGUUUAUAUCAUUUACUUUAUUGUUUUUCUCAUCUGUGAACUUUCAUGGGUACCCUAUAUAUUUAGAGUUCUGUCUCUAGUUCAGUUGACGAGGACAUAAAUUCUGUUGUUGAUGACCAAGAUAAAGUAAAGUUUAUUAUUCAGUUUUUGAACUUUUAUGUUUAAAGUUUUCCCCCGAAAUGUUCCGGACUUUUAAAAAAAAAUGCCUCCCUCAUCUAUUUUAUUGCUAAUAAAAAUGAAAAAUAAAAAGCCUUCCUCAUCUGUUUUGAGAAAAUUGGCCUGAGAACCAGAGAAUUAAUUUGAUGUGGCCUAAAACUACCUAUAUAUAUAUAUAUAUAUAUAUAUAUAUAUAUAUAUAUAUAUAUAUACCCACAGUUAUUUGUAAAUUACAUGGUAAACAUACAUAUGUUCAUGUUUCACACACAUUUAGAAUUCAGGUAAAGAAAAAAAUAUGUGAGGAAUGGAAGUUUGUACUGGUAAUAUGAUUACUUAACUUGGGCCCCUCCACAUAUUAAUGCAAUCAACAAUUCAGUUAAUGCAUGCAAUAAUUCAGAAUUGAAAAUAUCAUUAUUUAUUUGAAGAAAUCUUCAACUGAAUUGUUGUGGACAUCAAAUGAUUUGAUGACAUCUUCAAAUGAUUAAAGAUAUCUUCAAUUGAGAUAAUGUUGAUUUGGUGCUCUGUAUAUAUCAAUUUGCUAUCUAUAUAUAAGGCUGUACCACUAUUUCAGUUAUAAUAUUACUGAAUGGAGAAAAAAGUUUUGAUUCUCAACAUUUAAUUUCAUAUUAAAUUAUUAUUGUGUAUAAAAAUAUGGUUAUAGAUGUGAAAAUGUUACUCGAUCUACACAACAAUUUAGCAUACAGCACUACUUCUAGAUAUAGCAAUAUGUAUGUAACGCUGUAUAUUAACAUGUCAAUAAACUCGUACGGUGAAACAGAAGGGGACUAUAGGUUUCCUCUGUCAGUUUGUCCUACUUAGUUUUCCGCACUUUUUUCCCUCAUGCCAUGAUUUAGUAUGUGGUUUACUACUGUAUGUAUACAGAUCAAGUUAAAGCUUCGUCACAUUUGAGUAAAUUUUAAUAGAUUUAUGGGACUUUGUGCUGAAGAUAGUUUUUCGGACUCUUUUCCACUUGGAAAUCUGAAAUUUGAUGUCUGGUUACCCAAGAAGUAGAUACCUUGAAGUUUCACUUUUGACAGUUAUGAUUGACUUAUUUUAACAAAUUAUUUAUUUGAGCAAGUAUUGCUUUUUUAGCUCACUGGUCUGUAGAGUUAUCAUCAUGACUGCAGUGCCAAUGUGUCACACUUUUUUAGCUCACUGGUCUGUAGAGUUAUCAUCAUGACUGCAGUGCCAAUGUGUCACACUUUAAGGAAGUAACUGGAACUUUGGCUCCAUCUUUUGGAUAAAGGGGAAUAGGUUGGUUGGUUGUUCAUAGUUUAAUGUCCCACUUAAAAAUUUUCCCCUCAUAUGGAGACAUCACCAUUUGCCGGUGAAGGGCUGUAAGAUUUAGGCGCUUACGGCCUUUGAACAGGGAGGGAUCUUUAUCGUGGUACACCUGCUGUGACAGGGCCUUGGAUUUAGCGGUUUCAUUCGAAGGGUUUAGGGAUUUGAUAUUGCACAUAUAGAUGCCUCAUGACGUGACCUUUCUUUUGAUGCCAAGACUUUUGACCUAUUGACCUUGUACUUUGAUCUACUUUUCAAAAUCUUUAAGCUUCUAAUGACUAUAUCUUUUGAACCAAGGAGGAUAAGAUUUUGAUUAUUCAGAUAUAGAUGUCCCAUGACGACUUUUCUUUUGGUACCAAGACUUAAGACCUUGAACUUUGACCUACUUUUUAAAACUUUACCAUGGCUAUAUCAUUUUAGCUCACAUGAGCUGAAAGCUCAAGUGAGCUUUUCCAAUCACUUCUGUCUCUUUGUCCUUAAACUUAACAUUUUUGACUUGGCCAAUUUCUACCAAAGGUGGCAAAAAGCAUACAUGUACUUGGGUGAAGGAGAUUCCUUCGGGGUGGGAUGGGGCCACAAGGGGGAUCAUAGAAAUAUAUAGGCAAACUCAUGGCUCCCAGGAGUAGAGUAGGACUAUAAUAGGUAUCAAAGUUUUACAUCUGAGUAUAUGGAAAAUCUUUGAAAAAAUCUUUGUCAAAAACCACUGUACCAAAAGAAGUGGAAAUUUACACGAAAGCUCAAGUUUAUUCAAAUCAUGGCUCCAUGGGAGUAGAGUGGAGCCAUGACAGGGGAGAAAAGUGUUGUAUACUGAUAUAUAUAUGGAAAAUCUUUGAAAAUAUAUCUUGAUAUUUAAGCUUGGGCUUUCAUAUUUUGUUUAUACAUUCUUUACAGAAAUGUCAUGUGACCUUGACCUGGAAGUUUGACCUACUUUGAAUAAAAAUCUGACCUAUACAAUAUGGUCCUUAACUAUUUAAGGUAGAUCUUUCAUAUCUUGGGUAUAUAUUUCUUAUGGCAAGACCUUUCAUUUCAUUUCAUGGUCUUUGACCUUGAACUUGGGAGUUUUGAUUGAACAUUUUUAACUUCUUCUUGAUAACUACCCGUCCAAUUCUUCUCAUAUUUGGCAUGAAGCAUCUUUUGGACAAGGGGCACAUAAAUUGUAAAUUGCAAAAACUGCCCAAAAUUGACCAAUUUUCAAAAACCUUUUUAAGAAAUGCACGUUUAAGAAAAACUAAAUGCAUAGGGAUGUAGAGCAGGAAGGCCUCUACCAAAAUUGUAAAUUUCAUGAUCCCCAGGGUAGGAGUUCUGACCCCAGGGUGGGGCCAAACUUAGUAUAUAGUGUUUGUGUAAGUUUGCUGAUACUGUAUAAAAUAUAAAUGCAUACUUAAAGAUAGCAGAAAAGGAGGUACAAAAAACGGUGAAUUUCACAACCCAGUGUGACCUUGGAGUUUGACCUACUUUUGAAAACUUUAACCUUGCUAAUAACUUUUGAACAGUGAGUGCUAUAGCUUUGAUAUUUCACAUGAGUAUUUCUUGUGAUAAGACCUUCUGUUGGUACUAAACCUUUUGACCUUGGCAUUUGACCUACUUUUAAAAAUUUGACAUUGGUCAUAACUUCUAAUGGUAAAUAUUAGAGCUUUCAUCUUGCACAUGAGCAUUUCUUGUGACAAGAUCUUUCUCUUGGUACUAAGGUAUUUGUCCUUGUGACCUUGGCCAUCUUUGGAAUUGGCCAUUAUCGGGGGCAUUUGUGUUUAACAAAGUUUAGAAAAAGUUAGUUUUCAUACAUUCAACUAUGCAACAAUUUUUGGGAAAGUUAUGUUAAGAUUGUCAUUUAUGGUCUAAUUUUACAUGGAAAUAUUUUGGAAAAAUUUUCUGAAUAUUUUUUUUUUUUCCCCCGUUCCAUAGGCAACAAAUAUGUAGUGCCCACCCUCUUCAUGCACACUUGGAUCAUGGGAUGAAGGGGCCACAAUUUAAGGAUUUAAAGUUUUAAACAGGAAUACUUGUAUAUUGGAAAAAUGUUUUUUAAAUUCUUUUAGGAAUCCUUGGACAACAAUUUGUUGAAAUAAGGUUUACUGCAUGCAGACCAAGACCUUGGAAGCAGUGUGAAUUGGGAUUUUGUAACGAGAGUAUUUGGGGAAAUCUCAGAAUGAUAGAAUAACAAUUUAUCAAUGAUUACGCAAACAUCUUCAUAUUUUAUAAAUUGACAUGUGUUCAGUAGAUCUGUACAUAACAAUUGAGCUCACUCAGGUUGGUGUUGUUGUUAGUUGUUUCUGUGAAAUGAUGAUUGGAGUUCUUGUCUCAAAAAUAUGACGUUCUAACUCUCUUAUCUGUAGCCUAGCAAUAAUUUAGCAAACUUUCAAAGCAAAAUUGUUAUUUUGUAAGUGUUAACGAAGAAAGUGUAGUAUUAGAAUAGGUUUAAUACCCUGAAAGCAUAGUUUAGAAUCGUUUUGAUAAAUGUUUGGUAUUCUUGUACAAUUACUUAUGUAUUUUUUGAGAAAUUUUAUUUUAUUUUAUGUGUUUUAAUGCAUGUAUUUCAAUCAAAACUGUUGGGUACAUCUUUACAUUUUUAUGUAAGCUAGGUGCUCAACAUGCAAGUGUAUAUAUGAAAGGAUUAAACCAUACCAUAUGCAUGAAAAAUUUUUAAAAAAAAAUUGUAUUUCAUUAUCAUUUUAGUUGUAAGUUGGAAUUUACAUAGAUGUUUGUAUGGGCUUUAAUAUCAAUGUUGAAGAUAUUAUUUGUUUGAACUUUUGGACAUUAAAAGUUUAGUUGUGUA